GCUGUUCCCUCUGUUUAUAAGACGCCCGAAAGCCACGCUGUUUCGCAUGGCUCGUCGGACCUUGUAGUUUUUCUUCCAAAUCUUCCCUUAAUACACUGCGCAGAGCGAACAGCCGGGAACCACAACUCCCGGCUUCCAUUUCGCCGAGCAAGGCACGCCUUACGCUCUCAGGCAAACUAGGCAUUGAGCUGGAGAAAGGCCGUCUCCAGCAAAUCGGAGAGAAGUUGGCCGGCCCGGGCAAUCAAAGUGCUGGAAAAUAGGCCGUGGGCGGGGCUUGAGCGUGCAUAGGUUGAGAGGUCGCAGCGGAGGGAGGCAAAUCAGUUGGUUGUGGUAGUCGGUCGGUGGGGCGGAAAUGCCGGUUCAUUCCCGAGAGAAGAAGGAGAGUAACCACAAUGACAUGGAGGUGGAUUACCCGGAGAAUGAGGGCAGCAGUUCCGAGGAGGAGGACUCCGACAGCUCCAGCGGCAGCGAGGAGGGAGACAGCUCGGAGAUGGAUGAUGAAGACUGUGAGAGGCGGCGAAUGGAAUGCCUCGAUGAAAUGUCCAACCUCGAAAAGCAGUUUACGGAUCUUAAAGAUCAACUUUAUAAAGAAAGAUUGAGUCAAGUAGAUGCCAAAUUACAAGAAGUAAUGGCUGGGAAAGCUCCAGAGUACCUAGAACCACUUGCAGCUUUGCAGGAGAACAUGCAGAUCCGGACAAAGGUGGCAGGAAUUUACAGAGAGUUGUGCCUAGAGUCUGUAAAGAACAAACAUGACUGUGAAAUCCAAGCUGCCCGCCAACACUGUGAGAGUGAGAAGCUUUUACUGUACGACACUGUUCAAAGUGAACUAGAGGAGAAGAUUCGCAGAUUGGAGGAAGACCGUCACAGUAUUGAUAUUACAUCGGAGCUGUGGAAUGAUGAACUACAAUCGCGGCGAAAACGUAAAGAUCCCUUCAGCCCUGAUAAGAAGAAAAAGCCUGUUGUUGUGUCUGGUCCAUAUAUUGUUUACAUGUUACAAGAUCUGGAUAUACUUGAAGACUGGACUACAAUCAGAAAGGCAAUGGCAACACUGGGUCCUCAUCGUGUAAAGCCCGAAGUUACAGUAAAAAUGGAGAAACAUCAGCACACGGCAAGAUCAGAGGAUGGGAGGCUGCAUUAUGAUGGAGAAUGGUACGGACGAGGGCAGGCAAUCUGUAUAGACAAGAAAGAUGAGUACCCAACCAGUGCCGUCAUAACUACUAUCAAUAGCGAUGAAGUUUGGUUUAAGAGACAAGAUGGCAGCAAAUCCAAACUAUACAUUUCUCAGCUCCAAAAAGGGAAAUAUAGCAUCAAGCACAUCUGACUACCAAAUACAUUGGAGUCAAUGCAAGACCUUUGGGGAUCAAAACUGUGCCAAGUCAUGGGAAGUCUGUUGACCUGCUCUUAUGACUAUUAAUUUCAAGUAUUAUCAGGAAUGUCUGUGAGCAUGUAGUGUAUGACUUCAUGACCGUGUGUGAAUCUGUACGUACAGUAUUGUGUAUACUAUCUCAAGAUAAUCAUUUAUGGGUAAAAAAUGUUUGCAUAUCUUGGGUACAAUGUCUGAAAUACCUCCUGACCUCAAUGAGCAAUGUACAUCUUACAGAUGAGCUGUCCCAGUACUCUGCACAAGGAUGUCUAAAGGUACUCCUAGACGUUUCAUGCCAUGGUUUAAUACAAAGCACU